UAGGACACAACACAGUUUAAAAUCAUCCUCAUAAACAGUUUAAAACCAGUCAACAUGACUCAAGAAGAGCUCGUCGCGGAUAUCAAAACUGCACAGCAAAUUCUCGAAGCUUUGCACGUCGAACACCUCGCGUUGGCUAGCAAGUUCUCCGAUAGCGUCCGGGUCGAUGCGGAAAAAUCACAAAUUGUGCAGAAAAACAUCGAACGCAUUGAGCUCGGUCUGGGAGAAGCACAGUUGUUGUUGGUAUUUUCAUCGCACCUGCAAAGUGUGGAAGCUGAAAAACAAAAGCUGCGAUUGCAGACCCGGCGCAUUCAUCAGGAGAAUAUUUGGCUGCGAGAUGAGCUGAAAACUAUGCAAUACAAGCUGGAGAAGUCGGAGGCAACCGUGGUACAACUGCAGGAGGAAAAGAAGCACUUGGAGUUUAUGGCAACACUGAAACAAUACGACGAAAGUCCAAGUGCAAAGAAAACAUCGGAAGAGGCCUGCAAAGAUUUGAUGGGAGAACUGUUUCCCCCGGAGGAUGAUCCAAAAGAGCAAACAGUGCUGUCUUCGCUGACACAUAAUUAUGAAAUUCCCCCGAAACUACGAACAAUUCACAAUCUAGUAAUACAGUAUGCGUCGGAAGGACGUUAUGAAGUCGUCGUGCCACUAUGCGAACAAGCACUGGCCGAUUUGGAGAGCACCUGCGGGCACGAUCAUCCAGACGUUGCGACAAUGUUGAAUAUUUUGGCCUUGGUAUAUCGAGAUCAACACAAGUACAUGGAAGCAGCCAAACUACUGAACGAUGCGCUGCUCAUUCGAGAAAAGACACUUGGCGAGAGCCACCCGGCCGUCGCUGCAACUUUGAAUAAUUUGGCCGUUCUGUAUGGAAAGCGUGGCAAAUACAAAGAAGCGGAACCAUUCUGCAAACGAGCUUUGGAAAUUCGCGAACGAGUACUGGGAAAGAAUCAUCCUGAUGUGGCCAAGCAACUGAACAACUUGGCUCUGCUGUGUCAGAACCAGUCCAAGUACGAGGAAGUGGAAAUGUACUAUCAACGUGCCCUGCAGAUAUAUGAAUCGCAACUUGGUCCAGACGACUCGAAUGUGGCCAUCACUAGAAAUAAUCUGGCUAGCUGUUACCAGAAGCAAGGCAAGUAUAAGGAAGCAGAGCGCCUGUACAAGCAAGUUUUAACAAGGGCUCACGAAAGUGAAUUCGGUGCAAUCAGUGGCGAAAACAAACCCAUCUGGCAAAUGGCCGAGGACAAAGAGGCGAACAAGGAUAAAGCAAAGCCCCACGAUAACACCCCGUACGGCAUUGUGGGUGGAUGGCAUAAGCUGGCGAAGGUAGGUUCUCCAACGGUGCAGGCGACUUUGAAGCGCCUCGGAGCGUUGUACCGCAGACAGGGGAAGCACGAAGCCGCCGGAACGCUGGAAAGCUGUGUUGAUCGAAGCGAUAAAGAGUCGACGAAUGGGAUUUCGGGAAAAUAG